AUGCUUAUGAGAGUAGGCAUCUAUGAUCAGCAGCCCGAGCGUCGCAUACCUCUGGUUGACUCAGAGCUCAGAAAGAGUUACGACCAGACCAUCAAUGCGUGUGGUGAUGACGAGGAGGACGCAUUAUUUCAAAUCAGUCAUUACAUUAGCGAGCUAGAUAUGAUGCGUUCAUACUCAGGUGAUAAGGUCAAUGAACCAGCAUUAUCUAAACUACUGAAGAUCUCGGAAUUUCCGAAGUUAACGAGAGAUCCUUUCUUCAAAAUAGAAAAUUGUGAAGACA